UACAUGUUACCUACUUGCCUUUGAGAACUUGUUAUCUAGAGGCCACUUCACCUAACGAGUAUUGAGUGGGUAAAAGCUUCAAGAAGACCUCAAAGAUUGGUGGUCUUCCUAAGAAGUGGCUUUUUCCUGACGGUGAAGGCGAGAGAUGUGCUCGGAUGCGUUGUUCAUCGCUCCACCUACUCCUUCUCACCAUUUGCCACACCUCUCGCUUCUCCAUGGCCUAUAAAUUGCACCUUGUUUGGUUCCUUCUUUUCUCACCAACACCACCCAGUCUUGUUGCCUCUGGCUGGAACCUACAUAUAACCUCUCUCCCCAAUCAACGCCAUCAGCAUGACCAUCGAAGCUGUCGCACCCACCGGCAAUGGCCAGACCGUGUGCGUCACUGGUGCGGGAGGCUUCAUCGCCUCCUGGCUAGUGAAGCUGCUCUUGGAGAAAGGAUACACCGUCAAAGGAACCGUGAGAAACCCAGAUGAUCCGAAGAACGCGCACUUGAAGGCAAUGGAGGGCGCCGCGGAGAGGCUAAUACUUUGCAAGGCUGACCUCCUCGACUACGACGCUCUGCGCGAGGCCAUCGAUGGCUGCCAGGGUGUCUUCCACACUGCUUCUCCCGUCACCGAUGAUCCUGAGCAAAUGGUGGAGCCUUCUGUGAGGGGCGCCAGGUACGUCAUCAUUGCGGCUGCCGAGGCGGGCACCGUCCGCCGCGUGGUGUUCACCUCCUCCAUCGGCGCGGUCACCAUGGACCCCAACCGCGGUCCCGACGUGGUCGUCGACGAGUCCUGCUGGAGCGAUCUCGAGUACUGCAAGAACACCAGGAACUGGUAUUGCUACGGGAAGGUGGUGGCGGAGCAGGCGGCGUGGGAGGUGGCGAGAGAGAAGGGGAUGGAGCUGGCGGUGGUGAACCCGGUGCUGGUGCUGGGCCCGCUGCUGCAGCCGCAGGUGAACGCCAGCAUCGUCCACAUACUCAAGUACCUCGACGGGUCGGUGAAGCGGUACACCAACGCGGUGCAGGCGUACGUCGACGUGCGGGACGUGGCCGAGGCGCACCUCCGUGUCUACGAGACCGCCGGGGCCGCCGGCAAGCGCUUCAUCUGCGCCGAGCGUGUCCUUCACCGGGAGGACGUCGUCCGCAUCCUCGCCAAGCUCUUCCCCGAGUACCCCGUACCCAACAAGUGCUCCGACGAGGUGAAUCCACGGAAGAAGCCGUACAAUUUCUCUGACCAGCAGCUCAGGGACCUCGGCCUGCAGUGUAAGCCGGUGAGCCAGAGCCUGUACGACACCGUGAAGAGCCUCCAGGAGAAGGGCCAUCUCCCGGUCAUGCCACCUCAAUACCAGAAGCUAUGAUCUCCUCCUGCUCCUGCAUGUAUACAGGUGAUAGGCGUGGCAUUAGUACACUGCUGCGUUUAUGAACUAUGGGACCUUCGUACAAGUGUAGCAUUCUCUCUAGUUGACCAUCUAACGAGGAUUGUGCUUGUUCCGAUGA